CCACUCCAUUGAAUGCUUGACUUUCAGGAGGUCUUUUCCAUUGAGCGGGAUCUGCUUCCCAACCUGCCGCGACUUGCUCGUCCUGACACGGUCACGUCGGUGCUCGACUUGCCCAUUCGCAUCAUCGGCGAGGAGCUCGGGCAUAUCAUUCUCUACGCCUGGGACGGAUAUGAAGCAAACGAUGUGCACUUUUUGACAAAACUCACCUUCAUCGACCUCUAUGACACAAAGCGAAAGGUCGCACAGACCAUCUACACACAUCCAUGUACAACCAACAUUGUGGGUGCGUCACUCAACCGCGAUCGCUCGCUGCUCGUGUUUACCAGCUGCUUUGCCGUGGUCGCGCCGAUGGACGAGGCCCAGCAGCAGCGUGCUGCCUCAAAGGACGAAAACCGUCGCCUGUCCAUGUCCGCGCUCGCGCAGCACCAGCUGUUGCAGCAGCAACUCCAGGGCCUCGCGUCGGGCGGUGGUGCUGGCGGCCCACCCCAGCCGGCGCCCGCCUCUUCCCUGGAGAUUCGGUACGAGUCCUUCCUCGUCAAGCUGAGCCCGCCCCUCAAAAUAUUCGCCUUCAAUGUGUCGCGCACCGGGUUUCAACGCGUCCACUUUGUCUACGGCGACCAGGACGACAAAAUGACCUACCUGCUCUUGUUUUUGCACAAGGAGUUUGUCCACCUGUAUCACUUCCCUACCGGAGCGGAUGGCGGUGCUGCCAUGAAACAAAUCGAUCCGCCGCGUGUCCUCGCGCGCAAGUUCCUCUGGUACCAAUGGGACAUGGACCGCCAAUGCUUUUAUCUGCUCGUGAUUGGCGCCAACCCGCGGGAGGCCAAAGCCCCGAUCGGCACCAUGAUCCGCUGCCUUCAGUUCAUUGGCAAGGGCAACUUUGAAAGCAUGAUUGAAACUCCCGUGCCCCUGCAGCUCAACCGCAAGAUUAUCGAGCAAAGCGAGUAUCUGCACCUGCCGUUUUCCAGCGCCCUGCCAGACAAGCACUUUAACAUGCAAGUCGUCCACAUGCUCGGUGGUGGUUUGUGCGUCUGUCAUCAGCACUUCCGAGAACUCUCGUCGUCCAAAGACCAUGCAGUCUUGCACUACACAAUCUUUGUUCUGCAUCAAGGAGCCAUGCUCGAGUACGAAAUUCCAAUGAAGGGCAUCCCCGACGACAUUGCUCAAGAGUUCCGACUCUGCUUUAUUUCUGCCCACGACUACCUUGUCUGCUAUAUUCCUGGCUACUACCUCCAGCUCAUCGACUGCGGCUCCUCGCAUGAGGUCACCUACCACCUCAUCUUCCACCGAACUGGAGGCAUCGGCUCGUCGAACGCGCACUCGGGCACCACCCGCGCCCGAUCUUUUGUUGCAGCACCGCCCAAUCCCUUCAACGCGCGCGUGGCGGCUGGAGCGGGUAUGGCGGCAGGAAACGCUCCAGGAACGUUUGCGUCGGCCGCCAUCACUGUGCCGUCGUCGCCAGGCGGUGCGGACACUUCGUACUUGAGCCAAUCGCUCCUGUCGAGCUCUGCCAUGUGGAAUCAAAUGGCCAACAUGCAGUCGUCGAGCAACAUUUUCAGCUACACGGGCGGCAGUAACAUUAGCGAAGGCGGCGAUACUGCGCACAGCGGCAGCGGAAGCGCAAGUCCGCUGCCUGCCGGUGCCAUGACGCCCAACACGCACAGCACUGCCGCUUCGAGCGCCUCUGGCGGUGUUUCGCCCUUCACGGUGGCCGCCAUGCACAAGCGCACCCGCCCUGUGAUUGGCAGCGGACCAGCCCCGUUCCUGCCUGGCCAAGAAUCCGGCUACAUGUUUGGCGACACAACUGGCCUCGCGCCGCUGGUGGACCCGCUCAGUCUCUCCAUGUCCUUCUCGACGAUGGGGACUAUGACUCCGCGUCCGCCGUCCGCCGUUGGCUUUAACGCUGGCACCUCCGAUUCCUCGCCACAGGCGGGAUCGUUCCGGUCGGCGACUAGUUCCUCGUCGAUGGGCGGUGCUGCUGCUGCUGCUGCUGCUGCGAGCUGGAGCUGGCCCGCGCAAGCCCGCCACCUCGCGGCUGGCCAAUCUGGCCGCGAUGGCCCAGUCGUCUCCCAUGCUUGCUCCUCCCUCCACAUGAAGGCCAUGCAUCUGGUCAUUGCGCACAUGGCAGACACCCGCCCCGUCAAGCUCCUCGUCGACCGGCUUUGCGCAGAGCUGCCCCAUCGCAUCACGCCAGAGCUUCUCAAAGAGUUUUUGAUUGGUGCAACCCACCACAUGUACAUGAGCCGAGAGGGUGCAGAUGCGGCACUUUUGCGGCUGCUGCCCAUGACAACCAUUCCAGCGCUCGUGGAUGAGUGGGGCGACGAAGGCGCAACCACGCGAUCGACCUUCACCCAAGAGUAUGCAGGCCUGGGUUUCCACUACCGCACGCUCAAAAACGUGGCUCUCGGUAUCAAAAAGGAGUCUGAGCUUUCCAAGAAGCAGUCCUCCAUGGUCGGGGUUGGCAGCUCGUUCGAAGCGUUGCGGCUGCUAUGCUUGAACUCGAAACAGCGCCGCUUCUCGGUGGAGCGACGCCUGCGCCGCGAGACGAGCCAUGUCUCUUCUUCUUCGCUGUUUGGUUCCGCGCCCAAUUCACCGGCCUCCAACAACUCGGGCUCGGCUAAUUCGCAGCAACCUGCUUCUCCAGCCAGUGUCGCGCUUCAAGGCGGGUCGUCGCUCAGCUCCUCUCUUGUUUCAGCAGUGACCUCGUUCGCCCACUUGUCUGCGGCUGGCAACCCAGGCAACAACCCGGCCAACAGCCCGGCGAGCUCGAUGCGUCGCUUCUUUGCCCGUAUGUUCACACCAGUGGCCGCUGUUCCCGACGCGGUUGGCUCGCCAACAACCGAGGCCAUGAAAGACCGCGGCCUGCUCAAUUCUCCUCGCGAAGCACACUCGAAAAUGGCGUCGUCUGCCAAAGACUACACGGACGUGCAACAACUUCAAGCGAGCCAGCUUUUCCGUCUCAUUGUCGAAGCCCGCACCGAGGCAUUCUCGCCCGCCACCCCACUCUCGGCAAGCUCCAGUUCCGAUCCCACUCCUGACGCGCGGUCGCCCUCGUUUGCGCACUUGGACUCGGAGCUGGCGUCGCUGUCGCAGUCGGUGAGCGAGCACGAGGCACUCCGCUCGGUCGAGACGCAGGACAAUGACCAAAUCACCUUUGAGCUGUUGGAAAUGCUGUAUUGCGCGCUGGAGGAGCUCGAGUUUCCCUUCCCCAACAACUUUAUCGCCAAGUUUGGUCGCUUGGCCUACAAGUGUCUCGACCGCUUUACCUUCCUGCAGUAUGUUUCACGAAGAACGUUUGUGCUGACUCCCGACUUUGUCCGCGAAAUCCUGUCCACCAUUGCUCCCAAUGUUGGCCAGUACGAGAUUCCGUCUUCCCCGGCCCCAUCCGACCCAUCUUCUCCCCCGGCGCUGUUCCCUCCAGCCAGCGCCGCGCCGUCGACACUGGCAUCUCGGGAAGACGCCGACUUUGCCUUCCGUCUGAUCAGCCGCCUCGAUCCCGCUCCUGCACUCAAGCUGCUCACCGAGUGGAAGCACCCGCUGGCCACCCAGUACGUGACCAACCUGUACAGCCAGAGCAUCCUUUCCAGCCAGCAGCUGCACGCCGAUUCGUCUCGAUCUUCCUUCCAGCCGCAAGGGAACAACCGCGCAAGCAUGCAGUUUGGCGGCGACGGCUUCCCUGGUGCAGACGGCGCCCCACGACCACGCCACGAGCGCACGGCCGAAGGCAACAUUAUCUUCUUGCCAUCGGACUACGAUCCCGAGGUCGGCAUGUACAAUGACGGCAUUGCCAACAUUGACGAAGCAGGCGGUGUCGACUUGGGUGAGGCCGCCAACGAUGCCUUCCCCAUCUUCCGCUUCAUUCCGCUGCAGCUCUUCUUGCGCCAACUUGCUCGCAAGGAUGCCAUGGACGGCGGAGACGGCUCCGAGCUUCGCUUUGUCUACGAGGCAACGCGCUGCCUGGCCGACGUGCCGCGUGUGGUCCCCUCGCUCGCCGAGCAUCCCGACAUGCUGGCGGCCUUUGCGGACGAUGGUUGGCGCACUGCGACUGCGUCGACCGGACGCAAUAGCGAUGACAGUGAACCGAAUGUCACCGAGCGCCAGCUGCGCCAGCGACACAUCAAGCAGGUCCAGCAGCAAUUGCUCGACGAGCUGGGCGCCUCCUGGUGCGAUAAAGACGACCCCAGCUGGAUUGAAACGCAGCUAUUGCGCGAGUCCUAUCUUGCCAUUUCCCGGACGACCUCCGAUGCCAGUCGCCUGCGCGCUGCACAGCAGUGAAAGGUCGACAACUUUCUGCAACCUUUUGUUUGAUAUUUUGUUUUGUAAAAAAAAUACAUGUAUGAC